GGGCUGUCCUCAUUUGACUAGGGAGGAAAAUGGUGGAAAGGAGAGUCAGACGGCUUCAGUAGACAGAAGGAUACCAACGCUUUUAUCUCUGAGCCACCAGACUCACUGUGUGAAGCUUAAAGUGGCAGAAGAAAAGCAGCGGCGAUGGCUGAUGCAGAAAAGAUCAAGAAAACUGCAGCCAAGGUGCUGUGCUGCGUGGAGAAGGUGUCCUCCUUCGCCUCCUCCAUUGACCCCAUCUUUGGCAUAGUCUCCUCCCUGGUUGGGGUGGCUCGCAAGGGCCUGAUUAAUGAGGAAGGCCAUGCUCUGGACAAGGAUUUCCAGGCAAUCAACACCAAACUGGAAAGCAUCUCCCAAAAGAACCACCAGUGUCUUAAAAAAAUCAGAAUUGAUGAGGUGAAUGAAACCUAUGGCCGGUACGAGGAGUACAUCAAGCACCAGUAUGCUGCCUUCAACAGCAUGGUGGCACAGGUGAAGAAAGAUCCAGACAACACCCAGCGCCAUAUGGAGACCUUUGAGAGGAUUUAUGAGAGAGACAAGAGUGAUCUGAGCCUGGAUGUGUACUACCGUGGUGUGAUGGGUACCAAUUUGCUGUUUGGAAGAACUCUGCUGAAGGUGUACCUGGACAGCUGCGACGGCAACCGUGAGAUCAUGGAGCGCCACUGUUCACACAUCACCCACCUGUUCCACAUGGGCCUCAUCGCCCUCAUGGCCUACACAGCUGUGACAGAGGAUGAUGAAGACGAGGUGCGGGACAAGUGGGCCAAGAGGGUGGAGGACAUUCAGAAGAAGAUGCAGGAGGUGCUCAGCCAGUGCAAAGACAGCUCCUGAACAUGGUCCAGCAGAGAGAGGACGUCCUCUGGGUUUGGUGACAAAACUGGGAACAAUCUGUACGCUCAGCUGUGGACCAAUGAAAAAACACAAAUUAUGUUCUGAUAUAUAUAUAGAAAUAUACAUAUACAUAGACAUAUACAUUGUAUAAAUAAAGCCAAAUUCAUGUUUUGUGCACUUGAGCUGUGCUCGAUAUUCUUAUUGCAGCAUUUUAGUUAUAGCAUCAACAUUGUGUUAUUUUUUGUUGUUUUUCGUUUUGUUCCAAAGAGACCACUAUGUGUUUCAGCUGGUUUGUGUUACAGCACAUGUCAAUAUAUGCUGAAGGUUCAUACAAUCUCUUCAAUUAAAAUGUACAAACUAUUAGUUGAA